GUUUAGGCAGUUGAAACUGAGAAGAGCAAGCAUGGAAGUCUCCAACAGCAAUGGCAUAUUGAUUCUUCUGAUACUCCUUGUAUCCAGCGCACAAAUCCAUGCAUUAACCAAGACCUGCACCAUCCGGAAAAGCCCGUGCUUUCUCAAGAAGCUGAUAUGUCCGGCGGAGUGCCCAACAACAACUCCAAACGCGAAAGGCAAAGUUUGUUUCAUCGACUGUGAAUCCCCCAUUUGCAAGGCAGAAUGCAGAAGGUGGAAACCAAAUUGCAAUCGCCCUGGAGCAGCAUGCUAUGACCCCCGUUUUGUUGGAGCAGAUGGUGUUGUUUUCUACUUCCAUGGCAAAAGCAAUGAGCAUUUCAGCUUAGUGUCUGAUCUCAACCUCCAAAUCAAUGCCCAUUUCAUCGGGCACCGACCAGCUGGAAGGACCAGGGACUUUACUUGGAUUCAAGCACUUGGUAUCCUCUUUGAUUCACAGACCUUCUCUCUUGAGGCCACCAAGGCAGCAGCAUGGAAUGAUGAAGUUGACCUUAUUAAGUUCACACACAAUGGGAAGGAGUUAAUCAUACCUGAAGGCAAUCUAUCUGUAUGGCAGUCCUCUGAUAAUGACAUUAGGGUAGAGAGAACAUCAAACAAGAACAGUGUCCUAGUCACUCUCCCGGAGUUUGCAGAGAUUUCAGUCAAUGUUGUGCCUGUGACGAAAGAAGAUGAUAGAAUUCAUAAAUAUCAGAUACCUACUGAUGACUGCUUUGCUCACUUGGAGGUACAGUUCAAAUUCUAUGGCUUAUCAUCCAAAGUUGAAGGAGUGUUGGGAAGGACUUACCAGCCUGAUUACCAGAACCCUGCGAAGCUAGGCGUUGCAAUGCCAGUGGUGGGAGGUGAGGACCUGUACAGAACCUCAUCGCUCCUCUCUACCGAUUGCGGACGAUGUGUGUUCUCCCCAACCGGAGUUUUGGAACAAAAGGACCCAUUGGCGAUGGAAUAUGACAUGCUUGAUUGCACCAGCAGCUCGACAAGCGGGAACGGAAUAGUUUGCAGGAGAUAAAUGCAUCACUUUACUCAGCCAGUCUGAUGGUUUGUGAUCUGCUCCAAUACUUGCACAAUAUGCUAAUAAUGGAUUACUGUAGAUACUUUUUUCUUUUUCUGCUUGCUAAUUGU